GGUGGUCCAACAGGCGCCUUAUACCAGCCCGCCUCUGUUUUGUUUCUACAGAUAGCUCCAUCCAUCAUGGCGAUGCAUGCGAAGGCGACUCCACCACAGAUCCCGGACACCCGCCGGGAGCUCGCUGAGCUGGUGAAAAGGAAACAAGAGCUCGCUGAGACACUGGUGAACUUAGAAAGACAAAUAUAUGCAUUUGAAGGCAGCUAUCUAGAAGACACUCAGAUGUAUGGCAACAUCAUCAGAGGAUGGGACCGAUACCUAACCAACCAAAAGAACUCCAAUAGUAAGACUGAUAGAAGGAAUAGGAAAUUCAAGGAAGCAGAGCGUUUAUUCAGCAAGUCAUCGGUCACAUCGGUUGCAGCAGUUUGUGCACUCGGUGGGAUACCAGAUCACAUGAAUGAAAAACGUGAGGCAGGCAGCGGCACGGAAAGUGACGCCUCUCCAGAUCUCCAGAACCAAGAGAACGAGCCGAGCCAGGAGGACACAGAGGAUGUGGACUCAACGCUGCAAGACCUAAAGCCUCAGAAAGCAGCCUCCUCUUCCUCCUCAGGCAGCCAUCACGGGAGCCACAAGAAGAGGAAGAACAAAAACAGACACAGGUACACGAUGAAGAUUUGACAUGAAGGUUAACAAGAAACCACGAGCUGACUAUUCAACUUAACAAAGACGACUGGAACACCUGGACACACGAGGAGGAAACCUGUAGAGAAACACAAGAUUUCUGGACUUCAUGAACUUUGUAUGCCUUUUUUUCUUUUUUUUUUUUUUUUCUCAUAUUGUCAUAUUUCCGCCUGUGCUGUGUGUAUUGCUUGACACAUCCCCCCCCUGUCACCUAUCUCUGGUCAAGGUUAAGAUUUUGACCUACCAAGUAGAAAUAUGGUGUUGCAUGUUACUUGAGGCCUGAGGAGGCCCACAGCUAGUAACACACCAUUUUGUAUAGUGUUAAAAAAAAGAUUGUAUUUAUUAUGUAGUUAAUUCCCCAUUGUAAGAAUGUUUGUUUUUUUUGUUUGUUUUUUUAGCAUCACAUAGACGUAUGACCCCUGAAUAACCCUGAUUCUUUUAUUACAUGGUUGUUUUGCAAAAAAUUAAAUCAAAUAC